AUGGAUCUGCAACACCAAGGCAGCGACCACGGCUCACCCUUUAUAAACGAUGUUGGCAUUGUCCCUCCCUCCCCCGAGAUCAACCGCCCCAGCGAGUUCGACCAUCCCCUCGACUUUGGCUCAUCACCGCCCUUCAUCGACUCUACUAGCUCAUACAACAACUCACCCUUCUCAAACCCGUCCGAGCUCUCCUUUGUCACCGCCGAGAACGACCUCUCAUUCGACCUCUUUGCCGACGACACUCGCGCUCCCGGCCUCUUCGACACGAUAGGUUCGGCGGGCAUCCAGACCGGCACCGACUUUGACUACGACCCGGCCGAGUACGACCCGCCGCACUCGGGCUCGUCCCUUUUGAUGUACAGCGAUAACGACUACUACCACGGCAUGACCUCUCCCGAUCACCACAACCAGCACCACCACAGGGCCGGUAGCGUCCCCUACGACCACAGUUCGCCCUCUUCAAACGGCGACAAUGCUGAUCGCCGAUCCCGAGCAUCCUCCGUCUCCUCAGCCUACCAGGGCCAGCAGCAACAACAAUCACAGUUUGGUCAUUCACCGCGGCUUGAUGUAGCCCAUUCAUUUGAAAACAUGACUGUCCGAUCGCCGAACUGGGGAACAGAGCAGCUUCCGCCCCAGCAAAAGCCGCAUUCUCCACCGAGGCUGCUGAUGCCCGACACCUACCCUAUGGAGAACCAGGAUUUGCCCUCCAUCAAUGCCCCUGACGGCGACGGCGUCAUGGGCGGUCCACAGCUUCACAUCGUCCCUGCCACUCCCGUAGGCGCGGCAGCCACAAAUGCACCCUUCCAAAACAAUGUAGCUCAAGGAGCUGAACUAGGCCAAUCCCAGCCAAAUUGGGGUCUCUCUACCGGCGGCCAACAGCAAUCAGGUCCUUCAGAACCCAACUCUCGUCAACCAACACCUUUCCGAUUCCCUGCCCAACAGGAUCCAUCCUCUAGCCAAUCCAAUGUCUACCCCGCAUCCAAUGAUCCCGCCAACUUCCUUUUCCCCCAGCAACAACGGACCCGGAGCAAGUCCGAUAACGCGCUCGAGCCUCCAUCAUGGGACCAAGCCUUUGUCCAGCAGCAACAACAACAACAGCUAGCGCAAGGUGACAACAGUGCUCUUGGUCUGGAUUUAGAGAUUGCGUCCCGAGCGGGAGUGGAUGAUGGAUUGGGCACAGGGUCUUCUACCACGUCUGUCAAUGUUGACCCCAAUACGUCACCCUCCUUCUCCAUGCAGAACUUCACAUUCGGAGGUUCAGCAUCGGAGCGCAACAACUUUUUAUCCCCCGACGCCCAAUCAGCCCUGAGCAUGCGCAGAACAAGGUCAGAGCAGGGUAACGGCAGACCGCUCGGACACAGGCAGAGUCGUUCUGAGGACAUUCGAGGCCUUCAACAGCAGCAGUCAUUACCCGGCCAGCCACACCACUCCCUCCAGCCCCAGCUACAACAGCAACACCCACAUCCUUUCUUGGGCCACAGCAAUCCCAACAGCAACUUCCACCACGGGCACUCUUUAAGCCUCUCUGCGAGUCAAGGGUCCAACCUAUUAUUCCCCCCACCUACGAACGACUUUGGCCAGAUGCAGAACCCCAACUUGCUUUCCACCCACCAUACGCUUCCGUCCCUGCGAUCGCUAUCACCGGGGCGUGGCCACAUCCGACGUGCUUCUUCGGGGUCAAGAUCAGAGCGGGGGAUUGGCGCUGAGCCGUGGGGCUCCAGCUAUAGCGGGAGCGCACGCGCGAGUCCGUACCCCUCGCCUAACGCCUCCCCACGCGUGCGCUACGACGAACUCGAGCUCGACUUGGAACGGGAAGCCAAACUCGAGAUCCCACCCGCCCAUUCUAGCGCGGGCUUCGAGAACGAGGUGGCGCUGAGCGGGCGGAUGGGUCUGGGCGGUGCCAUGGCUGCCAAGGGUCUUGUCCCUGGCGCGGACGGGAUGGUGGACCAGAAGACGAUGAACGUGAACGACUUUUUGGGGACUGCGGCGAGUGCUACGCUUGCGACUAUGAAUGUGCUGAAUAGUGGUGGUGGGGAGGUGAAGCCUAUACCUGUUAGCCAGGUUUCGAAGCCGAAUGUGACGACGUUGAGGACUGCUACUGCGAGUCAUAAACGGCGGAAACAGGAGGCUGGGUUUGUGUGUCCGUUCCCUGGGUGUGGGAUUCUUUAUAAGAUUCGUUAUGCCGUUUUGAAUGAAAUGCUUAUGACGCCUUGCUAG